ACCUGCUACGGAGCAGACGUCUACGCCGUAGCGCAUCCAGAGACCUUGACACGAUUUAGCCCCGCCUGAUACGAAUUAGCAAUCGCGAAUUUAGCGUAAUUAUCAAUAAAAAUUAUGACAUUUAGCAAUUAUGAUAAAACUGUAGUUCAAUAGUGCUUGUUUUAGUGUUUGUGGACUUUUGCAACCGUGAUAUAAGAUCUGUACAGCACUAAAGAGAUGCGCUGACGGAACAAAGAUGGCCGCUAGCGUGGUGUUGUUAGCGCUUCACUUCGCCGUCGCAGCUGCCGGGAAGUGUACCACUGGGUUCUCAGUGGUGGCUCCAGAGGUCGCGGUACCUGGCAAGACAACCGCUGUGCUCGUCACUCUACACGGCAGAGCUGAGGAUGGCACCUUGGAUCCUCUGAACGUGACCGUAAGACUUGAAACCCAAGACGCUGAUAACGAUGUCAAACUGCUGACUACUGCUAGCCAAAUGAUUACGGGUUACGGCAUCAUUCCUCUAAAGAUACCGUCAUCGCCAGCAACUCAUUGCACGCUCCAUACCUCGGUUGGAUGCGUCGGCAAUGACGAAUGUACCGCAAAGAGUCACAGCGUUAUUAGGCUCCUGGGGCCUGUUCGAGAUGUGAUCGUCCGACCCGCAAGACAUCAUUACCGACCGGGGGAAACCAUAACGUUUUGGAUAUUGGCCCUCGACCAUGACCUUCGGUUGGUGAGGGAUGAGGUCGCCUACAUCGCACUUAGCGACCCCGCGGGCACCAAAGUCGCUAUAUGGGACCAACUUUCCAUGGAUGAAGGUGUCCGCAAGCUAAGUGCAAUACUAGCGGCUGGAGCUCGCUCAGGCACAUGGAGGGUAGAAGCGCACUGCGGUGGCGGUUCCGCACGCGUGGACCUCACUGUGGGAACUGGGCUGGGCAGCACCACCCCUGCUACUCCUGCUGCCGAACAACACUACGUAGAACUGAAGUUUGCUGACAGCAUGCGGCGGAGGUACAAGCCUGGACUGCCUUUUGUUGGUCGUGUCGAAGCCAUGAGCACGGAGAAACGGGUUCGAGUCCGGGUGAAGCUCUAUGACGAUAAGACGGAUAUCUACAGCCAGGAUAUCGAUAUGUCUACCGGUGAAGGUGGAUUCAUCGUACCGACAGUCAUGGCUGAUGCUCCUUACAUCAAUUUACAAGCAGAGCUGGUAGCCGUGGAGGGAAAAGAGAUAGAGACCCAUUACGUGUUGGCUCGGGAACGCAUCCGACGAUGGAACUCCACUUCCAAAUGCUACCUCCUGGUUGAGAACUUGCCUACGCCUCUACAGGCUGGCGGCAUAGCAAGCGCGAGCGUCUGGUCGUCAUGCGGCUGUCGGCAGCGGCUGCUGGCAGCUGUCACGAGCGGCGGCCGCGCGGUGCACUGGGCUGCGGUGCCGGCACCAAACCCCGCAGACAACACCGAUCUGUGUCGAUUCAAUUAUACGUUCCCCGUGACAGCUGACAUGGCGCCGGUCAGCUCGCUGCUCGUGUAUUACGUCACGGAGGCCGGCGAGCCUGUCAGUGACGUUGCCAGCUUCCACGUGCGACUGCUGCAUAAGGAGGUAGCAGUAGCGGUAGAGGAGAGACGUUGGUGGUACCCGCGAGCAGCCCUUCAGCUAAGAGUGCUGGCCCCGACCGACUCACUGAUGUGCCUGAUCGGCGCACGCGCACCGCCCGACACACGUUUUGAUGUUCAUCAGACACCAGCAGAGCAUGAAGAGCAGCCAGGCCCGGAGUUCGUAUCAGCAGGUGUAUCACUAUUCGUCGGAGGAGGCGCCUGCGGGGGUGGCGUGCUGUACAGACAACGGAGCGCGCCCGCGUCGCAUGCGCCCGCGCACCUCGUGCCGCCGGCUUCACACGACCGACUGUGGAUGUGGAAGUGCUUUAACUAUACAACCCAACUAUCAACAGAUGGCGUGACAAUUGCAGCACCUUCGGAAGCUGGACGCUGGUCUCUAUGGGCUCUGUCUCUUUCUAACCGUGGUCUGCGGUUCUCUGCGCCAAGAACUAUAAACGUCUUUCGACCAAUACAGCUGGAUUUCUCCCUUCCACCAGCUUUGAAGGUUGGAGAAACGGUAGAAGUCGAUGUAAAGAUCACCAAUAACAUCAAUAAUUGCAUGGAUGUAACCGCUCUUUUGGCUCUUAGUGCAGGCGCAGCAUUUGCAAGUACCGGUGCUCUGUAUGUCACUGAACGUUUGAGACUUGGACCUCGGGGAGGGACGCAAUUAGUCGUGCGUGUGGCUGUCAAUACUCCUGGGAGGAAGAACAUUACUGUGGAGGUAACCGGAUACAGCGCGGAUAACUGCUCGGUGUCGUAUACGUCUUUCAACAACGAGACUCUAGUCGGCUCUGUCAUCCGAUCCGCCAGCGUGUUGGUGCUCCCCGAGGGACUGCAUAGGAGUGACACGCAGAGUGCAUACUUUUGUGCUAACGAGCAUCUCGCGGUCUCAUCCCGUGGCUCAUGGGAGUGGCAAUGGGUGGCUGCACCGCGAAACCGAGCGGGGCUGGUGUUGGAGCUGCGGGCUCAAGGAGCUGCCCAUGUUGCCCUGUCUGCUAUACGAGAACCUUCAGAUGACAUGUACCGAGUUGUUUUUGAGAGGACUCGUGUUUGGAUUGCUAAGGGAAAACAUGGCUACGAUGUCCAUCUAGCGAGUGCAGAGCAAACAGAAAGUGACGAGGAAUGUGCUGGUGCUAACGCCUGGUGUGCGUGGUGGGUAUGGUGGGAAGGAGGACGAUUGUCGGUCGGUCGCGGUGCCUCUCCAUCUGAACGAAGACUGCUGGUGUGGCCACUGACGUCCGAUAUGAGGAUCAAAUACGUUGGAUUUAGUGCACUGUGGGGAGAUAAGGCUGAUUUCAGAAUAUGGAACUUCAACGAGGAAGCUGGUUUCUCUCAAGUUCUGGAACUGGGACUUCCUCACGGCGUAGUCCCUGGCUCCGCGAGUGGAACACUUCUAGUCUCCGGUGGUCUUCACCUGCCGCUAUACAGCCUUCAAACAGACUCCUCUGACCAAUGGGCAGAUGUGUGGAGAGAUUCCCAGCUAUCAGCCGCUUCAGCUAGUUUGGCUCCUUUGUUGGCUUUGGAGCAUAUUCCGCAUUUGGUUGACGAGAAUGAACGGGAGAGGAUUUUGAAGAAGUUGCCAGAACAGGUCCAAAUUCUCCUCUCGUUCCGCAAAAGCGAUAAUUCAUUUAGUGACCAUCCCGCUGUAAGCAGUCACUUAUCAACGAUCAAGAUCCUGGAAAUUCUUAACAAAAUACAAUCAUACUAUCCGGUCGAUCCAAAUCUACUACAAUCUAUCAAACAUUGGAUACAAUCAAGACAAAAUCCUGAUGGAUCUUUUACCCCGCUAUCGGCCGAUAAAGAAGUUGAUUACUAUCCGGUUGAAAUCAAAAAAACUAACAGUUCUGAAAAAGAAUUUGAUGUAAACGAAUAUUACUAUUAUGAUAAAGAUGGGAAUAUGACUGAAGAAGAAGUAGAGUGGGAGAGAACGGUUGAAGUAACUGCUGAAACUUUGGUAGCGUUGUUGGAGGUUGGAGUUGAAAAUCAAUUGGAUGCAGAUAUAGCAAAGAAAGCUCAAACCUAUUUGGAGAAAAAUCUGUUUAACCUUACUUCGCCAGCUGCCCUAGCUGCAACUGUAUUGGGCCUUGUCUUAGCCAGGAGUCCUAUCGUACCAGAAGCAUUAGUGAUCCUCAGAAAUGCAUCAACAACUGAAGAAGGAGAAUUUGGAUGGCCAGCGCCGAGGAAGGAUGCUGCAGACUGGCUUUUAGAAGAAACUUCGAGGAAUAUUAAAACUACUUCUUACGAAGCAGUAACAAUGGAACAAUACGUGGCCGGAGUCAGGGUUCUGCUAGCAGCGUGUGCGAGAGGAGCUCUAGCAGAAGGAGAAGCGGCAGCGAGGUUCCUAUACUAUCGAGCUUCGACCCUGCAGCGGCAUCCAAGCCUCGCUUACAGCGCUACUAAAGCGGCCGCGCAGUAUGCCGCAUUGGCUCAUGAUAGGCAUCGAGCUCUCACAGUGUCUCUUGCAACAGCAGGAAUGGAACUAACAGAUACGCUAGAACUUCGCGCAAAAACUCCGCCCAGGCCUUUGCAACUGCCUGGUUUGCCGACCAAAGUCUUUGUUUACGCUACUGGUGCUGGAUGCGCUACUGUACAGGGAACCAUAUCUUAUUCAACUUACACGCCAAAACCAGCAAACGCACUACUCAGUAUCCGAGCUGGAAUCAUUGAAGAGAUUCGCCCAGAGAGGAGCAGCAUCGAGGACUUGCAAGGAAACUUGCCUACCCUAAUCAUUAAAACAUGCUUCAAGUGGAAAGGCAAAGAGCGGUCUGGUAUACUGCGUCUAGAAUCAUCACUCUUCUCGGGCUAUGAACUGCAUUCAGUCAACCCGGUUGUAUUAGAUGGUGCUACGUUCGCCGAUUUACAUUAUGGCUCUCGUGGCGAAUCCGUUUGGUUUGUUUUUACUAAUAUAAGCUCCACCUGUCCAGUUUGCGUGACCUACGAGGCAAGAUCGAGAUUCGUUAUAACAAGUCUUCGACCAGCAUUUGCUAAAAUCUACCCUUCGAGCAGACCCGACUUAGCCGUAGAAACAUUUUUCCAUGCGAGACCUGGUAGUCCUUUACUCCGAGGUAUCACUGAUGAUGAUUUUAUUACUUGGUUCGAUAAAACUCAACUCGCCAGUCUAAAUUCUAGAGCAAGUAUCGAUAAUAUCUGUGAGUGUGGUCGCAUUUGCAGCAGAGAUUAUGAAUUUCGAAAAGACUAUGAAAAGAUACAUAGUGUCAAUAAUACUAGCAGUGAAAUUAACAAAAUGGAUGACUGGGUAAGUACAGAGCCUACGACACAAUUUGUCUCACAGAGUACUGUAGCUAUCGCAGAAGAUCCGAUUACUGAAACUGUAACAGAAACUUCACCUUCUACUAUUGAAUUAAUUGCUGUAACAUCAAAUAUUAUUUCAACCAGCGUUUCUUCAAAUAGCGUUAGCUCUACCAAUUCAAAUAUUUCGACGGAUAAUUUCACUAAACGUGUUGACGAUCCUAUUAUAAUUCCAACUAUGACAUACUUUAAUAAUACUGAAAAUCAGGAAACCAGCAAUGAAAUAAAACCAAUAAUUCCAAAUGUUAAUGGAGAACUAAUAGUUCAAAAAUUGCCUUCAGUUGCAAACUAUCCAAAGAAACCAGAAUUGCGAAAGAAACUACUGCCUCGACGAAAAGGUACACUUAAAGCUACUUAUGGAGAUAAACACGAAAGAUUUUUUGAUAAGUUAAAACCUUUGGAUGACAAUAUGAACAUUACAAAUAAAAAAACAAACAUUUCACGUCUAAAUAAAAUAAUUGACAAAAAAAAUAUGCAAGAAAUAAUUAACAUCAGCACAACAAAUCCACCUAUCUUUACAACUCAGAAGUUUGAUCCUACUGAGAAAAAAGAAAUAUUAUUUAGUACAACUUUAAACAAUGUAGAGAAGGAAAUAAGGCAUACCACCAAACCAAUUUUUAUUAGUACUCAACCAGAAACAACCGCAGUACCUCACAACAUAGCAGCUAUCACAAAGAGCAAUAUCAAAACAGUUCAUUACAGGACAAAGAAACCUAAACCAAAAACUCAGAUAAAGAAGCCAAUUGUAUUUCACAAUCAAAGCUAUGACAAGCAUAAUGAUGAUAAUAAAACAGUGAAACCAGAAGUGAUAAUUAAUAAGACAAAAACAAGAGCUAUUUUAACUGAACAAUAUAUAGCAAAACCGCUUAAAUCUAUCAACAAAGAAAUUCACAAAAUACCAUCUACACCGAUUUCUGAAACUUCAAAAUCUCUUAAUAACCAUCCAAAGCCUGACAUUGCUCCUGAAAAUAGGGGAGGUUUUGAAAUAUUAGACAAAAAUAACAUUUGGGAACUACUCAAAGAAGGCCCAGAUCCGAACACAUCCAAAAUCGAUGAUAAAGUUCAGGUUCACAAUAGAUUAACCGAUGUGUCAAAUUUAACACAAAACAGUAAUCGCUCUUUAUAAACUCUGUUGUUAUAUAAUGUUUAAGGCACAAAGACUUCAGCAUAUUUUUAUAAUACUCACUCCCAUUAUUUCAAUGAAAUGUUAAUACUUUAUAAAUUUUCCGUAAAAAUAACUCAUGUCAAAUUCCUAGAGCACAUUCAUUGUUGAUUGUUAGAUCGGUAAUGUUGCACUAAUUGUUCAUACUUGUUUAGGAUAAUCAAAUGUAAAUAAUGGAGUGUAUUGUGUAAUAUUUGAAAUGAUAAACUUAAUGUUAAAGAUAAUGUGCUGUGACUAUUUCGAUGUGUGUCUUGCUGUAUCAUUAAGUACUAGAAGCCUGAUUUGAAAGCAAUGUAAUAAAAAUGAAAAGAUUGCCAAAUAAUUAGCUUACAUUUUUCAUUUUGCAUUAGUUCAGACUUCAGAUGGACUUCCUUGUUUGUAAUAAAAUUUAUAAAUUAUAAUAAAAAUACAUUAGAAUCAGCUAGAGUCGCCAAAUUAGUAACUUAUGGAAUCAUCUUGAAUUCUAUAAUGUACCUACUUUUAAGAUUUAGUUUAAAAAUAUCUACAUUUCUAUUAUAAGAUAUCGGCGUAAGUCCAAUGGUUGUAAAAAUAUUAAAUUUUAGCAUAGAUGAUGUAAGAUACAAUUUGUAAAUAUUUUCAAGUUGCCAAGCCCGAAUACCUACUAAUUAUGAUAGUUUUUCUAGUCCUAUGUCUUCUUAGAUCAUAUUCGUAUUAACCCUCUAGUGAUUAUGAAACGUAGAUCUUAGCAUAAUAAUUAUGCGAUGCCCCAGAAUUUCCAUCCGUCUAAUCUAUUCUUCUGUAUCUAUUGUAUGUAACGUAGAACUUCUGUAGUCGUUCUUAGAUGUUUUGUGUUUUAUUUAUUAGAAAUUAGAAUAUCUGUUUCUAGUAUUAUAUCUACAAUACAUUCUACGUUAAACUUGUAGAAACUACUAUUCAAUUAUAUUUAUAAUAUCCAUCUUCUAGAGUAUAUAUUUCUAAAGUGCUCGCUACUUUUAACUUGUUUUUUAUCUUAGAUUUUCAUGAAGAAUUACUAUUAUGUCAUUUACCUAUUUCUCGAAUAUAAUAGCAUACCUUUUAUUUUAAUAUCAUGAUAAAGAAUAUUCUGUCAUUUCUAUUAGAUAAGUACUAAUCUAAAUUCAAAAAUUGUUCUUCAGUUAUUACCAAUUUUUUACCAUUGAAAUACAAUGUAGGUACGGCUUGUAUUUUUUGAUGUAGUAAUUUAAAUAGAUAUAAGUGUAAUUUUAAGCUAGUUUAUAAUCUGCGUAUAAAUGUACGGUUGUAUGAAAAUAGGUGCUUGAGCGGAGGAUUCUCGUCAAUUUCGAUGUAAAAUAAAAUACAGUUUGAUGACAUAUUGUAUCAAAGUAUAGUUUUAAAUUUUUAAUUAAUUUCUGUGCUUACUCGUAAGCUAGUCACUUAUUUAAUAAUACCUCGAUGUACUGACACAGAUUAAAUAGAAUGGAUAAAGGAUAACACA